CUAAUGUUCGUGUGCGUGUGUUUCUAGUCGGGUAAACGCCGUGGUUACACGCGGAAAGCCCGUGUGAGAUGGCGGUCGGGACGCUGACCGUCUAGAAUUGUUCCCAAUCGCUUGGUUUGUCACCUUUGUUCCUUACCGAUCUCCUUCUUCGGGUCCGAGCAAUGGAGGGGGGCAAACCCAACCUGUCGCUGGUCUACCAGGCUGUCCAGGCCCUGCACAACGACCCGGAUCCGGCCGGAAAGGAACGAGCCUCGGUGUGGCUGGGAGAGCUCCAAAGAUCGAUGUAUGCCUGGGAGAUCUCCGAUCAGCUGCUGCAGCUCAAGCAGGACGUGGAGUCUUGUUACUUCGCUGCUCAGACCAUGAAGAUGAAGAUCCAGACUUCAUUCUACGAGCUUCCUCCUGAUACCCACAAUGCACUGCGAGACUCGCUGCUGUCUCACAUCCAGAACCUCAAAGACCUGUCGCCCAUCAUUGUGACCCAGCUGGCUUUGGCCAUCGCAGAUCUCGCUCUUCAGAUGGCCUCGUGGAAAGGAUGUGUGCACACGCUCAUGGAAAAGUAUAACGCUGAUGUCAGCUCCAUGCCCUUCCUCGUCGAGAUCCUGACUGUGUUGCCCGAGGAGGUCCACAGCCGCUCGCUACGUAUCGGAGCCAAUCGGAGGACGGAGAUCAUUGAGGACUUGGCAUAUUACUCUUCCACCGUGGUGGCGCUAUUGGCGUCGUGUGUGGAAAAGACUGGCAGCAACGAGAAGAUGCUGAUUAAGGUCUUUCGUUGUCUGGGAAGCUGGUUCAACCUGGGGGUACUGGAUAGCAACUUCAUGGCCAGUAACCAGCUUCUCAUGGUCCUCUUCCAAGUUUUGCAGAGGGACGACACCUCCACGAACCUUCAUGAGGCGGCCUCAGACUGUGUGUGCUCCGCCCUCUACGCCAUCGAAAACGUGGACACCAACAUGACGUUAGCGCUGCAGCUCUUCCAGGGCGUCUUGACCCUGGAGACAGCCUAUCACAUGGCUGUGGCUCGUGAGGACCUUGACAAAGUUCUUAACUAUUGCAGAAUCUUCACCGAGCUGUGCGAGACCUUUUUAGAGACCACUGUCAGGAGUCCGGGUCAGGGCAUGGGCGACCUAAGAACGCUGGAGCUGCUGCUGAUCUGUGCCGGACACCCCCAGUAUGAGGUGGUUGAAAUCUCCUUUAACUUCUGGUACCGUCUUGGUGAAAAUCUCUACAAGAUCAACGAUGUGGCCCUUCACAGCGUUUUCCGACCGUACAUUCAGAGACUAUUGCACUGUUUGGCCCGACAUUGUCAGCUGGAUCCAGACCACGAGGGAAUUCCAGAGGAGACGGAUGACUUUGGCGAAUUCAGGAUGAGGGUUUCUGACCUGGUUAAAGAUGUGAUUUUUCUUGUUGGUUCUAUGGAGUGUUUCUCUCAGUUGUAUUCUACUCUCAAAGAAGGGAAUCCUCCUUGGGUGGUGACCGAAGCCGUGCUCUUUAUCAUGGCUGCCAUCGCUAAAAGUGUAGAUCCGGAGAACAACCCCACCCUUUUGGAGGUGUUGCAGCAGGUUGUGCUGCUCCCAGAAGUAGUUCACAUGGCGGUGCGCUACACAAGCAUUGAGCUGGUUGGAGAGAUGAGCGAGGUUGUGGACAGAAACCCCCGAUUCCUUGACCCAGUGCUGAACUACCUGAUGAAAGGUCUACGGGAGAAACCUCUGGCCUCGGCCGCAGCAAAGGCCAUCCACAACAUCUGCUCCGUGUGCCGGGACCACAUGUCCCAACACUUCCAGGGUUUGCUGGACAUCGCUCGCUCUCUGGACUCCUUUGCAUUGUCCACAGAGGCUGCGGUGGGACUGCUCAAAGGCACGGCGCUGGUCCUCGGGCGUCUUCCUCUGGAGAAAAUUGCAGAGUGCCUCGGCGACUUGUGUGAUGUUCAAGUUGCAGCUCUGAAAAAGCUUCUGGCCGAAGAAUCAACCAACGGCCGAUCCGCUGAUCCGACCGUCUGGCUGGACAGACUGGCUGUCAUUUUCAGACACACAAACCCCAUCGUGGAGAAUGGACAGACACACCCUUGUCAGAAGGUCAUCCACGAGAUCUGGCCCGUGCUGUCCGAGACUCUGAACAGUCACCAGGCUGAUAACCGAAUUGUGGAGCGAUGCUGCCGCUGCCUCCGCUUUGCCGUACGCUGUGUGGGAAAAGGCUCCGCCUCCUUGCUGCAGCCAUUGGUCACGCAGAUGGUGAGCGUGUACCAGGUGUAUCCACACUCGUGCUUCCUGUACCUGGGCAGCAUCCUGGUGGACGAGUAUGGCAUGGAGGAGGGCUGUCGGCAGGGUCUUCUGGACAUGUUGCAGGCUUUGUGCAUGACAACCUUCCAGCUGUUGGAGCAGCCCAAUGGUCUCCGGAACCACCCUGACACCGUUGACGACCUCUUCAGACUAGCGACCAGGUUUGUCCAGCGGAGUCCUGUCACGCUGCUCGGCAGCAGCAUCGUGGUUCACAUCAUCCGGUGUGCCAUCGCCGCCACCUCGCUGGACCACAGAGACGCUAACUGCAGCGUGAUGAAGUUUGUGCGAGACCUCAUCCACGCGGGCGUGGCCAACGACCACAUGGAGGACUUUGAGUUGCGGAAGCAGCUGAUCGGCCAAGCCAUGGAGCAGCACGGCCAGCAGCUCGUCACCCAGCUCAUGCACUCGUGUUGCUUCUGCCUUCCGCCGUACACGCUACCCGACAUUGCAGAGGUGUUGUGGGAGGUCAUGGUUUUUGACCGGCCGACAUUCUGUCGCUGGUUAGAAAGCGCUCUCAAAGGCUUACCCAAGGAGACGUCUGGAGGAACGGUUACGGUCACGCACAAGCAGCUGACAGAUUUCCACAAGCAGGUCACCAGUGCUGCUGAAUGUAAACAAGUGUGUUGGGCCAUCAGAGAGUUCACCAGAUUAUUCCGCUAAACGCAUAUAAAGUCUUGGGAAUUGAGACGCGGCAGCAGAAGCUGGAAGUGCAUACAAGGCUCUGACGAGACGCUGACUGGACGCUACGGGGUGGACAGAUGAUUUAACAGAUGCACCUGCAGCAGGUGGGAGGUGGGGAGGGCAGGCCGAGGAGGCUUCACAAAGUGAAACGGGAUGUGCCUGGUCAACUGUUUUUAAGAGAAACUUUAUUUUUUGGACUGGAUGGUUAGGGCGAUGCUGUACAAAGAGCCAAAUGGUAUCCCGUGGACGACACGAUGUCACCUUGGACCAUUUGAAAGUCGACUUUCAUUGGACUCGUUUUUGCGUGACGGAAUGAACUCUGACAUGACGUCAUCACGGAUAUUGCCUUGUUGUAGACAAUAAACACCAAAUGUCAUAUCA